UAAAGUCUAUCUAUCUCCAAAGCACGAUUUUGGAUUUUCCCUUCCCCGCAGCGGCAUAUGGGUCGGAUCUGCAGAUGGUUCCAAUCUUUCGGGUCCGGUCCAUUAUUUGACUCAAUUUUGUUUUUGCCAUUUGGCACUCACCCGAUCCACCUGUGAUCUGCGAGAGAGCUUCGGCCUGAUCAUAAAAAUAGUUUCAUAUUCAGGCCAAACCCUAGAAGAAUAAGAAGAAGGGGAUGGAUCGCGAUAGUUUACUGGAAAGAGAGAGAUAUCAGAUCCAGCAGAUUCGAGAGCUGGAAUUUGAGGAAUUACAGAUCGAGGAAGUCGAUGACCUUAACGAAUCAGACGACGAUGCUGCCACUGAUCAUGGCUAUAGAGGUGCUGCCUCAUCCAGUGAAUUUACCUUCGACACCUGUUUGGCUUCCUUGCAUACAUACCUUGGUGAGGUUGAAGACACUCACCAUAGGCUAGCUUUCUUAGAUGGAGGAGCUGUCUGGGCCUUACCAUUGUUCUAUCUUGAAGGAGCUGUUCUAUUCCCAGAGGCCACCCUUCCUCUGAGAGUUAUUAAGUCCAAUUUUGUAGCUGCUGUUGAAAAAGCAUUGCACCAAGCUGAUGCUCCUUAUACUAUAGGUGUUGUCCAUGUCGAAAGGGAUCCUGAUAGUGGGAGGAUAAGGUUCUCAACCAUUGGGACAACUGCAGAGAUUCGGCAAUACCGACGGUUGGAGGAUCAUUCAUUAAAUGUGGUUACUCGAGGCCAACAGAGAUUCCAUUUGAGACGUGGUUGGAUUGAUGAUGAUGGAGUGCCAUAUGGAGAGGUUCAAAUUAUCCAGGAAGAUUUGCCAUUAAGAACUCCACGGGAUGCAUUUGGAAAAUUGGCACCAUUAAGUAACUUACGAAGCUUUAGUCACCCCCAUACAUCACAGUCAAAUACUUCUCAUGCUAAACGGCCUAGAUAUGGGGAUAAAGACAGUGCUUCGGAGUCAAAUUCAGAGGAAAGCUUUGAUAGUGAGCUCUCUCUGGCAGAAAUGAGAAUGCAUCGAUCUGCAAUUGAUUCUUGUUAUGGAUAUGAUACAAUUGAUGAAUCAACAAGCAGUGAUGAUGACAAGUUUGUGUGUGAGUCAGAACUCCAGUUGGGAAGAUCUCAUCUAAAUGAACCAAUAGGGUCAAUGCAUCUAGACUGUGAGAGAAGGAACAAAAAAGCCAACUUGGGAAUUAGGAACAAAUCCAUUUCAGGAAGUCAAUCCUGCAAAGGGAAGGGUCUGAAAGAGGGACAGAUGGUUACCAAGUUAAACCAGUCAUAUGGAGUUCCUAGAGCAUUCUGGCCCUAUUGGGUUUAUCGAAUGUAUGAUUCCUACCAUCUUGCUCAAAGGGCUGCAGGUAUGUGGAAACAGAUAGUUGGUGCACCAAGCAUGGAUGAACUUGUGAAGAAGCCUGAUCUAUUGUCAUUUCACAUAGGCAGCAAAAUUCCUUUGUCUGAAUCUAUUAGACAGGAGCUUCUUGAGAUUGAUGGUACCUCAUAUAGAUUACGUCGAGAAAUUGAGUUACUUGAAAGUUUUGAUCGAAUUCGAUGUAAGAAUUGUCAGACUGUAAUUGCAAAGCGAAGUGAUAUGUUGAUGAUGUCUAGUGAAGGUCCUCUUGGUGCUUAUGUGAACCCAGGUGGUUAUGUACAUGAAAUAAUGACUCUUUACAAGGCAAAUGGCUUAGCACUAACUGGGCGUCCAAUUAAAGAAUACAGCUGGUUUCCCGGGUAUGCAUGGACAAUUUCAAACUGUGCCACUUGCGAAACCCAAAUGGGUUGGCUCUUCACAGCCACAAACAAGAAAUUGAAGCCUUCCCUGUUUUGGGGCAUUCGGAGUUCCCAAGUUGCUGAUGACAUGCGCUGAAAUUAAACUUUUUGAUUUCAAUCACCUGCAGUCACCAUGUGAUCAAUUUACUUGUAUAUGGCUAUUUGCAUCUUAACCCAUGGAUAAUUCUCAGUGCUGACUGUGGUAAUGACAUCUAGGCAUUAUGCUAGUGUGUGGUAAUUACAUAUUGAAAUUAUGCUCGUGUUUCAACA